ACUGCAUGGAUAGGCGUUCAUUGACUUAUCCAUGUACAAACCCGGCACACUAGCAAGCCUGAAAGCAUUUUCUGUGAUUUUACAUUGUUUUCAAAUCUCUCGAAAACGGUUUCUUCUUGGUCAAGCAAAGCCAAUGUAACAUAUUGGAGUCAUUAAUUUUAUUCAUUCAACUUGCAUACACAUUCAACAUUUUUAAAUUAACACCGCUAUUCAGCUGCUAUAUAAUAAUAAUACAGUUAAGAUACAAGCGCACAAUUUUUAUUUUUGCGCUAGUCACUCUAAUUGUGCAUUUCAUCCGCCCGGAUAGGUGCACAGGUGUUUGACGUUAAGACACCUCUCAUUGGGCAAAGCUGCAAUUUGUAUCUGCAAUAUUUCGACCUAAAACAACAGCAUAUACUACAGAAAUCACUUGGACAUUUUCCCAGUUAUUUAGCCUAUAAGCUACUUACUUAAUUUCUCUAAUAUCAGAUGUAUCUCGUGUUGAAUUUGCAGCCCUCGUUUAGCAAACGUUGCUGUCCAAGCUACCUCAAAUAUGUUUCGGUGUUUCAAUAUUCUGCCAGCCUCAAUGCAGAUGUGCGUGAGAGCAAUGUUCAGUCAUCCCAAAGUUAAUACCGAGGAGGAAAAAAGAGCCAAAAUGCAAAGCUCUAAAAUAGAGCAAGAUUUGUUUGAACAAGCCAAGCUUGAGGUGAACGUGAUCGAAAUAUUGUUGCUUGGUGCUGCAGAGAGUGGAAAAAGUACCCUGGUCAAGCAAAUAAAGGUCAUGCACAGUCAUGGCUUCUCCAAGCCAGAACUUAUUAGCUUUAAGACUGCAGUGCUGGAUAACCUCCUGAUGUCCAUGAAGUGUGUGCUGCGUGGGAUGGGGCAGCUGAGGAUUAAUCUGGCCAACAAGAAGAACAAGGUCCAUGCCCGUUCUGUCUUGUCCUGUGGACAGUGUUUUGGGGAAGACGGAGAGCUGCUACCGUUUGUGGCCCUCGCUUUCUGUGCCCUCUGGGCUGACCAAGGAGUGCGAGCUGCAGCCACCAGGGGCUACGAGUUCGAACUCAAUGACUCAGCGCUGUAUUUCUUUAAAAACAUCAGUCGCAUCAUCGCCCCCAACUACAUUCCCAUUCAGAGUGAUGUAUUACGGGUGAGAGUGCGAACGUGCGGAAUCAUCGAGACUCAGUUUCGAGUCAAUCACACGGUCUUCAGAAUGUAUGAUGUCGGUGGACAGCGGACUGAGAGGAGGAAGUGGCUCAAUUACUUUGACCGUGUCCAGGCCGUGCUGUUUGUGGUGGGGCUCAGUGGUUAUGACAUGACUUUGAUGGAGGACCCCUCUGUGAACCGGCUACAAGAGAGCCUUUCCCUCUUUACCUCCAUCUGUACAAACCCCGUGUUCAGACUUACUGCCCUGGUUCUGUUUAUGAACAAAUGUGACCUCUUCCAAGAGAAGAUCUUGAACCCAAAAAGGCACUUAAGACUCUACCUUCCUAGUUACAAAGAAGCUGACUGUGACGUGGAUGCUGCCGCGCGUCACAUCACUGCCAUGUUUGUCGCCUGCAAUUCAACACCCAACAAAAUGGUCUACCACCACUACACCACCGCCACGGACACACACAGCGUGGGGGUGGUCUUCCAGGUCGUCCUGGACACCAUUGUCAAGGCCAACUUAGAGGCUGUCUCGUUGCUUUAAGAACCGAUAUGGGUCCAUUGACAGUACCAGUGCUAAAGCCCUGGUUUUUCAAAAGUUAUAACAUUUUGCCUAUUGGAUAAUAUUAAAUGGCCAAAUCUGUGAUUUACAUGGGAAAUAUUCUAUUCAGUUUGUCUACAUGCAUUUAGUCCUCCCAAUACUGACAUCUAUUUUUGAAAGGAGACUCAUUUUAAGACACUAGCAUUUGUUUCAGUAUUUUUAUGUUGUUUUUAAUUAAUGUAAUAAUUACUACUUAUAACUGUAAAACAUAUAUUUCUAUAUUUAUUUUAUAGUUUCUCUGACGUUAUCAACCUGGCAUUGGCCCAUUGGAUAGUAUUGAAUUCUUGAAAAAUAUAAUGAGUGUUAGUUGCUAUUCAAGUAAAUUUUGAGUUGCUUCAAUUCUUAGUUAAUUCCUAGCAGAGAGACAAAAUCCAACUUGGUACUUUUAGACAAAUAGGUCCUUGAACUUUGAAGCUGUAGCUUCAGUAUAUUAUUAUGUAAUGAUAAUAUGAAUGUAAUUUGUACCUUGCAAAAUUAACAUGCUUGGAAAUGCCAGUUUGGGCUGCUAUGAAUUCUGUAAUUGUUGGUGACAUUGUUUUAUACACAUUUUAAUAAAAUUACUGUUUUUUGGGGAAUUAUUUUUAGGCUGCAGC